AAACAACAACGUGUUUCACCUGCAAUACGACCACGAACCUGGCAGCGUCACUACUCUUCACUACACUUCGGCGCAGCUUUUCCACGAUGUCUGCCCAAGAAUUCUACGCACCAAUCCUAGCAUCGACUGGUGUCUACAAAUUCUACAUUGACGGUCAGUGGAAGGAGAGCGUAUCCGGGAAGUCGGUUGCCAUCUCGAACCCUUCCACGCGCCAGACAGCGUACCAGGUCCAGGCCUGCACACAAGAUGAGGUGAACAAGAUGUUUGAGUCGGCAAAGGUGGCCCAGAAGGCUUGGGCGCGGACUCCGCUGUACAAGCGCGCGGAGGUGCUGCACAAGGUGGCCUCGCUGAUGCGCCAGUACGCGCAGCCCAUCGCGGACUGCCUGGUCAAGGAGGUGGCCAAGCCGAGCAAGGACUCCCUGACGGAAGUGGUGCGCUCCGCAGACCUGAUCGACUACACGGCGGAGGAGGGCGUGCGCUACCUGGGCGAGGGGCAGCUGCUCAACUCCGACAGCUUCCCGGGCAACGCCCGCAACAAGCUGUGCCUGGUGUCCAAGGUGCCGCUGGGUGUGGUUCUGGCCAUCCCGCCCUUCAACUACCCGGUCAACCUGGCGGUCUCCAAGCUGGCCCCGGCGCUGAUGGCGGGCAACGCGGUGGUGCUCAAGCCGCCCACACAGGGCGCCGUGGCGGGCAUCCACAUGGUGCAGUGCUUCCAUGCUGCGGGCUUGCCCGCCGGCCUGCUGUCAGUGGCCACCGGUCGCGGCGCCGAGAUUGGCGACUUCCUGACAACCCACCCCGACGUCAACUGCAUCUCGUUCACCGGCGGAGACACGGGCAUCUCCAUCGCCAAGAAGGCCGGCAUGGUGCCGCUGCAGAUGGAGCUGGGCGGCAAGGACGUGUGCAUCGUGUGCGAGGACGCCGACCUGGACCUGGCGGCAAAGCACAUCAUCAAGGGCGGCUUCAGCUACAGCGGCCAGCGCUGCACCGCCGUCAAGCUGGUGCUGGUGGCGGCGCCCGUGGCGGACCGACUGGUGGCGGCGGUGGCGGCGGGCGUGGCCAAGCUGAGUGUGGGGCGGCCGGAGGACGACUGUGACAUUACGCCGGUGGUGUCGGAGAGCUCGGCCAACUUCAUCGAGGGGCUGGCGAUGGACGCCAAAGCCAAGGGCGCCACCUUUGUGACGGGCGAGUGGCGGCGCGAGGGCAACCUGAUCUGGCCGGUGCUGCUGGACCACGUGACGGCCGACAUGCGGCUGGCGUGGGAGGAGCCGUUCGGGCCGGUGCUGCCGGUGAUGCGUGUGAGCAGCGUGGAGGCGGCGGUGGAGCACUGCAACAAGAGCAAGUACGGGCUGCAGGGCUGUGUGUUCACCCGUGACAUCAACGCCGCCAUCCGCAUCAGUGACGCAAUGGAGACCGGCACCGUGCAGGUCAACUCGGCGCCGGCUCGCGGCCCCGACCACUUCCCUUUCCAGGGAUUCCGCGACAGUGGCAUUGGCAGCCAGGGCAUCCGCAACUCGCUGGCGAUGAUGAUUAAGACCAAGUCCACUGUGAUCAACCUGGACAAGGAGUCCUACACGCUGGGCUAAAAUGUCUGUGCUGAAAAACCGCUGAUAAGCCGAUGAUACGGUAACCGGAUUUGUCUUUGCCGGGCCUCGCCACCUGACUCCUGAGGAGCGGCGCGAGGCGCAGCGAGAGGAGCAGAGAGAGGAGCGAGGGUGAGGAGAUGAGAGCUGGGGAGGAGUGUGCGGGUGCUCGGGGGCCGCCGCGACGGCGACACGCGUGUGUGUGUUUGUGUGUAGUGUGCACCCAGCUGCUCUUGAUGACAGAGAGGAAAGGAUGACAAACUGCCCUAUCACUGGAUUCGACUGGAUUCGGAGGCGACAUAGCACUAGGAUUGCCUUUAAUAUAGAGCGGGUUGGCUCAUGACGGUUUUCAGGGCUCCGUGCGUGAGAGAUUCACUCGGGGCGGACAAGAGCCAACCGAGUUGUCACUAGAUUAGAUUCAUUCGUUAGGUCGAGUGCGGGAAGCGUGGACUGUGAAGGUAGGCAUGGCAGAGGCAUGACCAGCCGUAUGGCCGAGUGUGUGUGGGGGGGAGGGAGGGGGCUACAGCACGGCCGACUGUGUUCGUGCUGUUCGGGUAAUGAGCUUUGUCCAUGGGAUGGGAUGUCCAGAGCGCUUGGGGCGCACAGCCUCGUGACCUGCGGCCCGGGUCCAUGAGGUUUUUGGUGGGCUUGGCUCGAAGCGUGGUGGUUUCUGGGUUUGCUGGGCUGUCACCACGGGCGUCAAUUGAAGAGCGCGCGUUUGACAAGGAAGGGAAGGGAAAUGCCGAACCCGUGAGAUCGACGUUGUGGUUGUGCGGUGCUAUGCGGCGCGUUGGUAUGCCCGCGGUGCCAUCCGUCACUUGCGCGUACAAACGUUUGUUUUGACUGAGUGGGGGAUAAGAAAUGAGAAGAACGAUGUAUUGAUAGGGCGGCCCAAAGGAGCAGAAGGAAGGUGGCGGGAUACAGAUGUGUCUCAUGGCUUUGCCAGGCUGGCCAACCAGCCGAGGCGAGGGGAACUUGAGGGGCCAGGUGUUGCAGACGCCACCAGCGCGGCACUUAACGCGUCCGGAUUUUGGUGUGGUACCGGGAUGGCAAGGAAGAGGGGCACGGGGAGGGGCCCAGACCAUUGAGGCAAAGGCCGCGCGGGUGGAGCCGUGGAGGCCUCAUGGCUGUAAUCAGCUCCUGCA